GGGGGCAGCGCCCGGCCGGGAUUCACCGCCGCAGUCACUCCUGGCCCCGCGGGCGCUUCCUUCCCCCGCCGGGGCCGCUAUAAAGGGGGCGGCCGGGAGGAGCGGCUCAUGCUCAGCUCGGGGCGCCGCCGGCCGCCCCCUCCGCGGGCCAUGCGGCCGCUGCUGCCGCUGCUGCCGCUGCUGCUGCUCGGGACGGUGGCGCUGGCACAGCCGCGGGACCUGUCCCCCGCGGGCGCGCAGUGCCUGGAGCACGAGUGUUUCGCCGUGUUCUGGGUGUCCCGGCCCUUCUCUGGCGCCAGUAAGGGCUGCGAGCGGGGCGGGGGGCACCUCAUGACCGUGCGCUCCACCGUGGCCGAGGAGGCGAUCGCGCUGCUGCUGCAGAACCGCGAGGGGCAUCUCUGGCUCGGGCUCUCGCUGUCGCCCUCCUUGCCCUGCACCGAUCCCGAUCGGCGGCUCCGCGGCUUCCGCUGGGUCACCGGCGACCGCAGCACCGAUUACACCAACUGGGCGGCGUCGGGGAAGCGCUGCGGCGAGCGCUGCGUGACCGUGUCGCGGGAGCUGCGCUGGGAGGAGCGGCGUUGCGAGGAGGCGGCCGACGGCUUCCUCUGCCAGUACACCUACGGCGGCAGCUGUCCCCGCCUGGCCGCCCCGCGCGAUGUCCCCGUCACCUACGCCACCCCCUUCGGCGCCCACGGAACGGAGUUCCUGGCGCUGCCUCCGCGCAGCGUGGCGUUCAUCCCUGACUUCGGGCUGGAACUGCGGUGCGAGGAUGAGGACGGCGCGGGGCCGCGCUGGGGCCGCGACACCCCGGGAGCGUGGCCCUGCCAGCUGGGCGGCGGUGGCUGCGCGGGUUCGUGCGCGGAGGAGCGCGGGCGGCCGCGCUGCUCCUGCCCCGAGGGCGCCGUGCUGGGCCCAGACGGGCGCGGGUGCCGCUCGCCCUGCGAGGGGGCACAGUGCCAGCAUCACUGCGUGGUGGCCGACACCUCCUUCGUGUGCAUGUGCUCCGUCGGGUACCGGCUGGCGGCCGACGGCAUCAGUUGCGAGGACAUCGACGACUGCGCUAGCGAGCCCGGCCCGUGCGAGCAGAAGUGCGUGAACACCAAGGGUGGCUUCGAGUGCCACUGUCACAGCGGCUACAGGAUGGUGGACGGGCACUGCCAGCACCUGCCGCCCUGCUGGGAGGCGCCGUGCCAGCAGCGCUGCGAGGAGCUGCCCCACGGCUACCGCUGCGGCUGCCACCCCGGCUACGCCGUGGAUCCGCAGGAUGCCACCCGCUGCCGCCUGCACUGCAACGCCACCGAGUGCCCGGCCGUGUGCGACGCCGGCAGGGCCUGUGAGUGUCCCGAGGGCUUCCUGCUGGACGGCGAUGAGCUGUGCGUGGACGUGGAUGAGUGCGACAGUGGUCACUGCGAGUUCAACUGCACCAACACUCCCGGCGGAUUUCAGUGCCACUGUCCCCACGGCUUCCACCUCUACGGCGUCGACUGCAUUCCUAUCCUGGACGGGGAUGGCGAGGAACCCUUCUCGGGAGAUUUCGAGCCCGUUCCGCCCACGCGCGUCCCCAGCCGACCCCCGCCGAAAGCGGAGCAGCUGCACCCCGGGGUGCUGGUGGGCAUCGCCGGCGGUGCCCUCCUGAGCCUCCUGGCCCUGCUGGCUCUGGGAUUCCACCUGGCCAGGAAGCGCUGCUGCUCCCACGGCUCCAUGGAUUACAAAUACAGCGGCCCCCACGAGAAGGAGCUGGGACUUCAGCCCGUCCCCUCCGCACAGAAGCCGUAAGAACAGCGGACAGGACGGACACUGGGAGGCCGAACUGGGUGACAUUUAUUCCCUAUCCCCUGGCCCCCGGCUGGAAUUUUUGAAUGAUAAUUCGGGAAAAGCUGUGAUCGCCCAGCUCCCAGAAAUACUGGCUGCUUCCCAGCCGGGUCUUGGAAUGCUGGGGCCGGAGAGCAGGGACAACAGAACACCCAGAGGCUGCUCUGCUCCCGCUCCUUUCCCGCUUCCCUGGCUUUCGGCUUUCCCCGAGCCGGCGCUCGGGAAAACCUCAAGGAAAAACUCAGAAGGAACAGUUCCAUGUGGUAGUGACUCUAAAUCCGUGGGAUGAGAGCCCGGGAUGAUCAAGGCGGGGACUUUGGAAGAACACCUCGACCCAAAUCCCCCUCCCCUGGGCUGGAUGGUUUUCCCGAGCUGGGAGGCUCCUGCUUUUCUUUGGGAUGGGGUUUGUUUGUUUUAAGCUGAGGGAAGGAGGAACGAAGAUGUUGUGGGAGGCACUUGUCACCUUAAGCCACUGGUGAACAGAGACCCGGCUCUGUGCCACCAAGGUGGGACUCAAAUUCCUAAUUCCCAUCCCCUCUCAUUAUUUUUUGCGGGAUGUGGAGGUUAAACAGGGACAUGAGGGCUGUCGAGGUGGGUUGUGUAGGAAAGGUUGGGGGUGCUGCAGAGCCAUAUCCAGUUCCUUCCAUGACUUUCUGCUGUUGUUGCCUUAAAUUGUUGGAUUUUGGAUAUUUUUAUGACCUCUCUCGCCCACAGGGAUUUCCCCUGUUCCCUCGUGCAGGGCUGACUAAUCCCAAGACAAAACAUUCCCACGGGGCGGGAUCCAGUGCGUCGCUCAUUCUCAGGCACGAUAUGGGGGGGAAUUCUGGAGAAGGAUCUGGUUUUCCAGCUCCAUCCUUCCCUGGGGAGCCAGAGGGGGUCCUGCUCUGGCUGUCUUUGGGGCAGGAACGUUGGAGCGAGCGCCGGCAGCUCUAUGCCAGUGAAAUAUUAUCCUGGAGUGGCAGAAGUCUUGGAAGCCUGGGAUCAGAGCCAGGGGGUUCUGUUCCCCUACAGUCUCCAUUCCCACGCUAUGAACUUCCCAGCAUGCAGCAUCCCCCCUGAAAUGCUAAACCUCCACUGCAAAUUCCCAGGAAAAUCAAAAUAGAGGUGUUGUAGUUUUCCUAAAAGGUCAUUAUCCCGAAGGCUGGGUAAGUGAAGGUCGUGUCCAUGGAUCCCUUGGGAUGGAUUAAAGUCAAACCAUACAGAGUGAGGGCUGUAAAUCUGUGGAUGUGCCAGGUUUAUUUUAGGACAGUUUGGCUGCAGUGGGAAGGAGGGAGCUGUUGUGAUUACCCAUAAUUAUCCGUGAUUACCCAGAAAAAGAUAUCAAAAUAUAAAGGUGUCACUUGUGAAAAUAUCCAAGUAAAAGGAAGAGAAAGAAAGGAUAGGGUUUGAGAGUGGAAAGAUCUUGCUAAAAGGCAUCAUCCCACCUGAAGGAUCUGCUACCCAUGGAUCUGUCCUCACUAUCCAGCUCAAACCCCAGCUUGUUCCUGGGUGGAUCUGAGGUUUUGCUACCACACUCCCAAAAUCCCCUCCUGCCCUCUUAUCUCGAAUUCCCACUGCGGAGUUUUAUCUUAUCACAAAUUCCUUCCUUACAUGUUGAAGUCCUGAAUUCCCGACACUCCCUGUUUUAUCCUCUCUCCCCUCCCCCCAACCCCGGAGCCCAUUUGUAAAUCCUUAUUUAUUUAUUGGAAUUUUACCCUGUGUGAUGGAAUUGUCUCGUGGAGAUCCUGUGUAGAUGCCAAUAAAGCUUUGCCAGUCUGGUUUA